CCGUGCAAAUAUUUCUGCCUCCACGACGGGGAGAGUGAGAGAGAGGGGGUGCUGGGAGGCAGGCUUGGCUGUGCUCGGUCCCGUUGGGACAAUAAUGGACUAGGAAGCUAGUCAGAAAGAGAGCUUCCGUCCCCAGGACAAGCGUCGGAGAUUCGCCACUUGGUUGUUGAUUUUCAGCCUUAAGAGGGGAAAAAAGUAGCCUGCUUGCUUAUCCUGGUUGUUGAAGAUGUCUGGAGGGAGUACUCGGAGGAGAACUGGUUCCCCCUGGCACAGCAAUUUAUCUCGCCUUUUUACGAGAAGUUCUUCCAAGGAACAGGAAGACGAGAGCAAAGUAGCCCCUGAACUGCACUGCACACGAAGUGUUGAAAUUAAGGAAGAUGAAUCUACGGAUGUGAUUUCUCCAAGAAAAGAAAGCAGUCCUCUUCCAGAAUUAUUAAAGGUUUCAGUCUGUAAAAAUACGGAUUUCUGUACAGAAGGCUUGAAUAGAUCUACCACUCAAGAGGAAUUAAAGAAAGCAAAAAGUCUUCCUAGUUUGAUUCAUGAAAGCAAGGCAAACAAUAACAAUAAACGGUCUAAAGAAGGAUUUUUGCAAUAUCUUGGGAGUUUAUUUGGUAUUUCUUCUAAAUCAUCAUACAAAGAAAAAGAACCUUCUAAUUUUGAAGAUGGACAUUGCAAAACUAAAAAAGGCUUUUCAGAUCAAGAUAGCCAUCAAGACAAAGGAGAUACUGAGCAUCUCAAAUCAAAUAUACUUGUCAUUUCAAAUUUUGGAACUGAACAGAAAAUAUCAAGCAAAGAUGAAGACAGUAAUUUAAGAAUUAAAUCUAGUCCACAACAUUUACAGGACCCUCAGGAUCAAUCUGCUGAAACAGCCAAAAAAACAGAAAGUGAACUCCCGGCACAUUCAAUUACUUAUGCAACCUACCGAGGUUCUGCAAGAAUUAAGGAGUUGCUUAAGAAACAAGCAGACUUGGAACAAGAAACAGUAACCAGAACCAGUAUUAGCAACUGUCUUGUGGAAAGCAAAAAAGAGGAAAUCAUAAAUACUUUAAGCUCAGAAACUACAAAAGAACCAGACUCAUUACUGCAGAAUGGAAAAUCUGAAACUAAAGAUGACAAACAAAAUUCACAAGAAAACAAGCUUUUAUCUAAAAUGAAUCAGAAGGAAGAUGUUCAGGGUGAUUGUGAGCACAAUGAAGUAAAGAACAAAAUUACCACUUUGAGAGAAAUUAAAACCAUCAAAAACUGCAUUGAAGAACUUGAGUCUGUAAAAUGUGUAUCACUUUCAGACAAAACAGAAAUUAAUAGGAAACUUUUGUUAGAGCCACCAGCAUUGCUGCCAAAUCAGGUCAGUUUUAGCUACGAAAAUAUAGAUUCUGCAAGAAUCAAUUCAGAAAACAGUAGAUUAGAUGAAAAGAGAAAAGCAUUAAAAGAAAUACACAUGCAGCCACAGUCAAACAAUGCUACUACUGUUUGUUCUAAAAAAGAAACACAAUUAUCUGUUUUUUCUAACACAGAAACAAAAGAGGCAAUACAAAAUGAGUUUUCAUCUUACCUCAAAGUAGAGUCAACUAAUAAUGAUCAUCAAUUGUUAGAAGAUAAAUAUUCUUGGACUGAGGAUCAGUUCAGAUUAGAAUCAGUUAAUCCAUCAUUGUACAUGAAUAACUAUAACUGUGGUGAUCAAGUAAAUAAUGGAACAAACAGUAAUAAAGAUUUAAAUACAGAUAUGACGACUGAAAAUCAUUCUCAAUUGCUUCUCCAUAAACCAGCAGAUACAGAAGAAUUGCCAUUAGUUUUCAAAUCAGAAAUGUCAGCCCUUUCCACAGAAAAUGGGUCUGCCUUGCACUUAUGCAGCAAGAGUGACCUAGGGAAUAAAAAAACCACUGAGCCAUUAUUACUUAGAGAUCUACAAAAUAAUUCUAGGAUCUCCAUAAUGGCUAAUAUUGGGGCUAGCAAAGUAAUUGAGGGGAAUGUUGGAAUACCUGUUGUGGAACUUGGCGCAGUUUUCUCUAAUGGUACAGAGGAAAAUAAGGCCAACAUUUCUUUGUUAAAUACUGAAUAUACGCAUGUCGACUCCUUCAAAACAGAUGCAGAUAAUGUCCCUCAAAAUCUUGAAGCUGAAAAUGACUGUCAUCCUGCCAAGAGAGAUGAGAAUAAAACUCUGAUCCAACCGUUAACCAGCUUAAAUAUUUGUUCAUCUCCUCUUGAGAAACAAAAUAAGCUCUUUGAACUGGAAAACACAAGGCAUGUAAAGGACAUAGAUACGUCAUCUCUUAAAACUAUAAAAAAUGAUGCAAUUAAAACUCCAAUUAUUUCUGAGAAAAGCAAUUCAAUGCUCAGAAGCAUAAGAAAUCAUGUCAGGCCUCCUGAAAAUAAAGAACUCUCUUGUCUGUCUAUUAUUUCUUCUGAAAAUGAGUGCUUGGCCCAUAGUUCUCUACCUGUGAAACCUGAAAAAAUUAACUCACCACCAGAUAAUUCUUGUUCUCUCUUACCUGCUUUGAUCCAUAAUGCUAAUAUCUUUGAAGAUAACAUUCAUUUGGAUACUAUGGCUAAAUCUGCAUCUCAUUCCAAAGAUCAGAAUUUUUUGAAGGAUUCAUGUUUUUUGCCUGAUGAACAGGAACAUGUGUUGCCGUCUGCAAGAGUCACCACUGCAAUAAAUUCUGCAGAGACAGACGUUAGUGAAAUAUGCUACUCUGAUUCUGUGUCUGAAAAUUCUAAAGCUGUCUUAAAGUCACAUUUGUUUCCGGAAUUUGGAAAUAACUUUAAAUCCCAUAUUAUCCCUGAUACUAAUGACAGAGAUAACACUGGAAAAAAGAUUUUGCCACAUUCAAAUGAAACAAAAUAUUUGACUAGUUCUUCUUCAAUGGAUUCUGAAUCCAUUCCCAUAAGAGAGACCUUUCCUGAUUUUACAUCUGACAAUGUACAUGCAUCUAAAUCUGCUAUUCCUACAAGUUCUUUUAAAGAUACCUCAGACCUUCAUUCUCCUGCCUGUGAAACAAUAGAGGCUGUUUUGGACAAAAUCAAUUCUCUUCCUAUAAAUUCUGAAAAAUAUACUUUAAAAUUGUCAUCUAAAGAUAAAUUAAGUAGUGUAUCUUCUGAAUCAAUAUCAGAUGUUACUUAUUCACCUCCAUUAAUGGCCUCAGUUACCUAUUAUGUGGAAACUAAAGAUUCUUCAAAGAUAGCAUCAGAAAUGCCUCUUAAUACCCAGCAGAGCAGAGAAAUUCAUACAACUCCCUCAGGGCAGAAUUCUCAUUUCCUUGUGGCUACGCCUUCAAAAAUUGCUACUGGAAUGGAUAAACAAGCAAUUACUGCUUUAUUUCCUAAAUCAAACAACCAGUUUUUUAAGGAACCAUUGAAAAAUGUUGAAACAGGAAAGCAACUGCAAAUUAAAUCUCAAAACUUAACACUUUUGUUUAAAAAGGCUGAUGAAAUAGUAGAUGAAGUUCUUCAUUUAGCAAUAGAAGAAAUUAGAUCAAAACAAACAGCCUGUCAAAAUAAUGACACUACGUAUAAUGAAAGUCCCAGUUUUCAAAAAGAUGAUACAAUUAGAAAAAUGCUGUCAGAAUCUAAAAAAAUACAGUCAAGGAACUCUUCAUUAAAGCCCUGUAAUGUGAAUUAUAUCACAAAGUUCUCUGGACUUAAAUUUGACAAUGAUACUCAGAAUGAAAAGGAACCAUUGAAUAUCACUGAUAAAACUGAUUUACACAAUUCAGUAUUAGUAAAACCAAAAGAAAUAACUGACAAUGUUAUUAAAACAGCCAAACAAAAUCCAGCAGUUGUGCCAUAUGAGGAACAUUUAAGUAAGGAUUUUUCCCAAAAUACAAAUAUUAUGUGUUACACUGAAGCAUUAGAGAUACCUAUAACUGAUGCAGAAUUACCAAUUAAGCUUCCUGAAAUAAUUGAAAUACCAUUAAGCCUAAGUCCAGUAUCCCCAGUUGAAGAGCAGAAGAUAACUGUUGAGGAUGUAACAAAUGUCUUGGUUCCUUUUAACUUCAAAGAAGAGAGUAAAGAGGUUUCUGGAGAAAUUAUACCAAAGAAUGUAUGUUCAAGCCAAACAGUUUGUGAAGAAUGGUAUGAUGACAUAACUAAACUAAAUUCUUGUCGUGACAAAAUGAAUAAUGCCAAAUACAAUAAAAAUGAUGAUUGUGCAACAAAUAGGGCAAUUGUUGGUGAUAUGACUAGUAGCUGGGCAUGUGAGAAUCAGUGUAGUUUAGUAAAAGGAGAAGCUGUUAUGACCUAUAAGCAAUUGUCAGCAUGCUCAGUUUUAACAAGAAACGUGCUACCCUUUAACUCAAACAUUAAUGCAGACGGUAGCUUAUCUGAUAAAUAUCAAGAUGAAUUUACUUAUUUAUGUUCACCUGGACAUAAUGUAGAGAAUGAUUUCCAAAAAAAUGAGAUAAGAAAAAGCAAAGCUAUUACUGCUGAAGGAAAGGAACCACAUGAAAAAUAUUAUGAAAUAAAUAGUGAAUGGGGCAGUAGCAAAAUGGGAAACGAAGAUAUAAUACAACAAGAUACUAAGUUCAAUGCCCUUUUUAGUAUAUCUGAAUCAUUUCUGUUGAACAACUCAUCAGACAUUGGUUUUGUCCUUGGAGAAGCAGUAAACAAGGAACCAUGUUUAAUAGCAGAUAAUGUACUUAAGGAAUAUUAUCUGGAUGUUGACAGUGAAAAUGAAAACAAAUCCCCAAAUUGUUUUGCCUUUCCUACACCAGAACAUUGGGAACACAAUUCUUCCUUUAAUAUUUUGAAUGAAGAUAGUCUUCAAGAUGAAAAUUAUUCAUUUUCAGGAGAAGAAAUAAUGAAUACCUUAUCUUAUCCUGAUUUAUCCUUAGAUGACACUCAUAAGAUGUAUGAAACGUCCAGAUUCAAAGAGGACCUCUUUCCUUCUUAUGAUGAAAGCAAGCAGUUGAAUGAGAUGCUGGGUGAUACUUGUUCAGAAUCUUUCAUGACUGUGGAAGCAAAGCGAUAUAGGAUUUACCCCUUUUCUUUGUCUCCUAUAUAUGAAGAUGAUGGUUCCCAAGAGGACUUGCCUUCUACUGAUAUUUCACCAAGAAAUCACUAUAGUGGAUCACCAAGAGAAAACCAAUCUUUAUCUAUCUUAUCACUUUUGCAAUCAGUAUCUGAAAAGUUGAAGUCUAGUAAUCGUUGUAAUGAAAAUGAACAAGAAGACAAACUUUAUGAAGGAAAAAAUCAAGAGGAAGAAAAAGAAACCUCUAUUUCCAAUAUUUGGCAAGACAAUAAAAAUACUGAAUUCCCAAAAGACUUUUCUAAACAACUUAUUUCUAAGGAAGUACUUCAUUCAGAAGAGACCUCAGCUUUGAGUUCAACGUUUGCAGUUCAUUUUAUUCAAAAAUCUGACCCUAGCAUGAAGCCUUUUUUAAAGGAUACAUAUUCUGAAAAUCUGCCUGACUUAAGUUAUUUAGUUGAAAAAGGAAGUACGCUUGGAAGCAGGAUCUUGCCAGCUGAUCUUCCAUCUAAAUCUACAAAGCUGCUGAAAUUGGUAACCUGUCAAAAGUGUCCUGUUGAUAGGAACAUACUCAAGUGCAAUCCAAGACCAGGAAAAAUGAUUAUUUGUGAUUUUCAUGGGAACACAAAUAAACUAGAAAUUUAUCGUGAUGUGAUAGAUGCUACCAUCUGGGUGUUUUCAAGAGAAGCAUCAAUCAGAGUUGUUAGAGGAUGCUGGAUUUUAUAUGAGAAACCAACAUUUCAAGGUCAGAAAUAUGUUCUAGAAGAAGGAGAAAGGAUGCUGACUGACAUCUUGAAUCUUCACAGAGAGAAAGCUCAAGGAAAUUUCACAAUUGGUUCCAUCAGACAUAUAAUGAAGGAUUGUAGUAUUGCUGAAAUUGAACUUUACUCACACAAUAGUACAAGUCAUUUUCCAAUCUGCAUUCAGGCUGGCAUAGCUAAUUUAGAUGAGUUGGAAGUUGAAAAUCCGAUCAUCUCUGUGAAAGCAGGAGUAUGGGUUGCUUACGACAAGGAACGAUAUAAAGGCCAGCAAUACUUGUUAGAGGAGGGAGAAUAUGAACAUUGGCAAUCAUGGGGUGGAGUCAGCAAUGUUUUGCUCUCGGUUAGAUUUUUGCAAGCCAAUUUUAUGGAAUCCAAAGUAACACUUUUCGAAACUGAUGAGGAAAAUGGGAAAGUAUUGGAUGCUGUAAAUCAAGAAAUUCCUGAUUUGGAAUGGGCAGGAUUUGGCCUAGUGACAAGAUCAGUUAAUGUGAAAAGUGGAGUAUGGAUUGCUUAUGAAGGCUGCAAUUUCUUGGGGAAACAGUUUCUUCUUGAAUCAAGCAAGAUUUCAAACUGGACACAGUUUAGUGGAUGGACAGCAAUUGGCUCUCUUCGUCCCAUAAAGCAGCCAGCCGUGUAUUUCAGAAUAAAGAACAGAUCCCAAGAAAAGUACUUGACAGUUGCUGGCACUUUAAUGGAUGGAAGAGCUACAUCAGUAUGUUUGUUCCCACAAAAUGGCAAGAAUACUCAGAUCUGGCAUUACAGUCGUGGCCUCAUCAAGUCCAAGGUCAAUGAUGCUUGCCUUGAUGUCAUUGGAGGCAGGGACAUACCUGGAGCAAAAGUUGCCCUGUGGGCAGAACAUGGAAAACCAAGACAGAAAUGGACAUGCAAUAAGGAUGGAACCAUCACAUCUUAUCUCAGUGACCAGCUUGUUCUUGAUAUCAAAGGAGGAGAUUACUAUGACAGAAACCACAUUAUUGUAAAUCAACUUAACAUCAGUGAAUGUACACAGAAAUGGGACUUUGAAAUACUGUGAACGGAUGUUCCCAAGAUAAACCUAUUUGAAAAUAUGUAUUAAAUUAUCUGAAAAUACUUGAACUACUGAAGAGACAUAGUGUUGGUUUAUGAUAAAGAUCUGCCCAAGACUGCCAAACGAAGAAUAAAAAACAGCUUCUUUAAAGUUAACCAAAAACUUAAUUUUUUACUUUCAAGUAUUGUUAUUCAUAAAAUAUUGCAGGAUAAUUUAUGCCAAAUGUUCUUAACAAUUUUGGAUUGCUGGUAACGAAAAUUUAAAAUGCAAUUUUGUACAGAUUAUUCUUUCACAGAACUGAUGCAUUGAAAUAUUCGAAAUUUAUACUACACUUUGAUACAGUAACUCUAAAUUGAUUAAGAGAAUGGCUGAAAUUAUUUGUCAAUCCUGUUUGUAUUCUAAUGUAAUAAAUUAUGUAUAAUUCUAAUUAAAACAGUUACAAACAUGUUAGAAAUAACAAAAGUUUAAAAAAAGUGAUCUGUAAUUGAUCUCGUCAUUUAUUUUUUACAAAUAGCCAAAAUGGGCUAAGGGAUGAUAUGUUAUUAAUUCUUUGCCUAGUAUUUUCCCAAAUUAUGUCAAACUUACACAAGCAAAGCCCUUAUUUUCGUGGUGUGGAUUCAAAAUUCCACAGUGUCGUAGAGCAAGAGAUUAUAAAAUACCUAUUCCUCCUAGGACUGCUCCUUCUGGAAAACUGAUUAAGGCCUUACAGUUGCUUUCAAACAAACAAACAAACAAGUCGGGAAAUAGAGGUCUUAUCUGAUGUGUCUAUGGCCCUAAUGGUUUCUCCUUGGACAACUAUUAUUGCUUAAAUUUAGCAAUUUGAAUUGGUAAAUCUUGUCAUUAACAUCAUAAAGCACUGUCACAGCAGGAAAUUUACCAUAUUGUUUACCUAUAAACUAAGAAAACAUAUACAACCAUUUAUACAAUACACAUUUGUACUAUUUGUACAACUUAUUAUCUAUGCAGGAUUUUUUAAAAAAAAUAUCUUCCUUUAUAUAUGAGCUUCAAAAUAUCCAGUAUCUAGUAAAAGAAACCUAGUCAAAAUGGAAUUCAGAUUAGGAUUUUACUUUUUUCACCCUCGUAUUUUCUAUCCAUUUCAUUUCCAAUAGUAUUGUUUCACACAAUUUGAGUGUGAUUUAAUUUAGUUUCUAGUAUUAUAGCCAAAAAUGUUUCUUGUAGUUUUUAGGCCCAGUUCAAAUAAAAUACUGAAAUAUCCAAAUAUUCAUUGAUAUUCAAGCCCAAUCAUAGGCAGUGGUUGCAACUUGUUGAUUUUCGUUAAUAGAACAUCCAUGGAUCUCUACCUCCUAACCAGAUGUUUUGCCACAGAUGUUGUAAAAUAAAUCAUUUAUUUACUUCUUGCAUUUCUGCUAUGUAACCAAGGUAUUGAUAUUUUAAUCUAAAGCACUUAUUUAAUAGAUGGAUUUUAUGUAUACUACAAACAAGCAAUAUAUAUAUUUGAUAACACACCUUUUAAAUAAAUUGUUCUUUUCAGCUCGUUA